GGCGCGGAGGUAAGCCCCCGCCGGCGGCGGCGGCGGCGGAGGGGGGCGGCCCCGCGUCCCCGCGUCACGCGUCACCGUGGUGCGAGGCGGGCAGCCAUCUUGCUACAAACACAAACAGAGAGGAGCGGCCGCCGCGGGAGCGCCAGCGCCCCCUCCCCCCCGCCGCCGCCGCCGCCGCCGCCGUCCCCGGCCCGCCGCCCCCCGCCCCGGGACCCGAGCCUCGCGCCGCCCGCGCUUCCCGUCUCCUCGGCCUGGUGUGAGCCGCCUUCCCUCUGUCUGCUCCUUACAACCCGGGACACAAAGGUGAGGCAAGAAGCAGAAAACACCAAGGAGAGCUGCGUUUGUCCACUCCCUGGAAGGGGGGAGGAACCGAGGCACCUCGGAGUCGAUGGGCACCUAGGGGGUCCCGCCUCCCUCCCAGCUAGUGACAGAAGCCCCGGUGCAGCUCCUGGGACGCCCUCUGCCCCCCACUUGGGCACUGCUGGGGAUGCGCCACCUCCUGAGAGGCUCCUCUGUUGUCCCCUAGAGGAGCAGCGCACUGCCACUUCUCCUGUGUCACAUCAGAAACUCGGACUGUUCGUGCUUCAUGGAUCUUUCCCAGAUGUGAAGGUUCCUCCCCGGGCGUCCUGAGGCCAGUCUGGGAUCCAGUAGCUUGGGGACUGCACCUCACCCCAGCCUAGGCCCUUGCGUGAAGAGAGCCCCGCCCCGCCCGCCUGCUUCCCAGGGGCAAGGCUGCCAGGUCUUUCCCCCAUUUGGCUCAUCUUUAACUCAUGGUUUGUGUGGCCACGUGGCUGGCUUAGGUGAGUCCAUUUGGUGCCCGCGAUCCCUCUGUUAGCCUGAGGCUCGGACCUGUGCCCAGCCAGGUGGCAGUCACACCUGCUCGCAACCCUCUGGAGGGUCUCCAGGCCGGCCAUUCUGCAAGGCCCGUGUUCCCGCUGCCUCCACAGCUACUUGGAGAGUGAACGCCAGGCACUCCCUCUUCUGCUCCUUCCCUCCAACCUCAAGGAAACAUCCCCAGCUCUACGAUGGCAGCAGAGACCCUCAACUUUGGGCCUGAGUGGCUGAGGGCCCUUUCCAGCGGGGGUAGCGUGGCCUCCCCACCCCCAUCCCCCGCCAUGCCCAAAUACAAGCUGGCCGACUAUCGCUACGGGCGAGAGGAGAUGCUGGCUCUCUACGUCAAGGAGAACAAGGUCCCAGAGGAGCUGCAGGACAAGGAAUUUGCUGCCGUGUUGCAGGAGGAGCCUCUGCAGCCCCUGGCCCUGGAGCCUCUGACUGAGGAGGAGCAGAGGAACUUCUCCCUGUCAGUGAACAGUGCAGCUGUGCUGAGGCUGAUGGGAAAGGGGGCUGGGCCCUCCCUCGGCAGCACCUCUCGGGGCAGGGGCAGCACGCGGAGCCGAGGCCGUGGCCGCGGUGACAGUUGCUUUUACCAAAGAAGCAUUGAAGAAGGCGAUGGGGCCUUUGGACGAAACCCCAGGGAGAUCCAGCGUAGCCAGAGUUGGGAUGACAGAGGCGAGAGGCGGUUUGAGAAGUCAGCAAGGAGGGAUGGAGCCCGAUCAGGGUUCGAGGAGGGAGGGGCUGGCCCGAGGAAGGAGCAUGCCCGCUCCGACAGUGAGAACUGGCGUUCUCUGCGCGAGGAGCAGGAGGAGGAGGAGGAGGGCAGCUGGCGACUUGGGGCUGGACCCCGACGAGACAGCGACCGCUGGCGCUCAGCCAGCCCUGAUGGCGGCCCCCGCUCUGCUGGCUGGCGGGAACACGGGGAGCGGCGUCGCAAGUUUGAGUUUGAUCUGCGAGGGGAUCGUGGAGGGUGUGGUGAAGAGGAGGGGCGGGCUGGGGGGGUCAGCUCUCACCUCCGGAGGGCCCGAGGGCCCGACGGCUUUGACGACGACAAGGAUGGGCUCCCAGAGUGGUGCCUGGAUGACGAGGAUGAAGAGAUGGGCACCUUUGACGCUUCCGGGGCCUUCUUGCCUCUCAAGAAGGGCCCUAAGGAGCCAAUUCCUGAGGAGCAGGAGCUGGAUUUCCAGGGUCUGGAAGAAGAGGAGGAUGAGCCUUCCGAAGGCCUGGAGGAGGAGGGGCCGGAGGGGGGUGGGAAGGAUGUGACCCCACUGCCGCCUCAGGAGGAGAAGCCCAGCUCCCCGUCCCCACUACCUGCCUUGGGCCCCCUCUGGGGAGCCAGUGGGGAAGGUGACGAAGCUGUGGAGAAAGACCUCCCGGUGGCAGAAGGAGAUGACAUGGGGGGCAUCCAGCUGAGUCCUGGGGUGGGCUCACCCCCCGGCCCACCGGGAGAUUUGGAAGAUGAUGAAGGCUUGAAGCACCUGCAGCAGGAGGCGGAGAAGCUGGUGGCCUCCCUGCAGGACAGCUCCCUGGAGGAGGAGCAGUUCACAGCCGCCAUGCAGGCCCAGGGCCUGCGCCACUCCGCGGCCGCCACUGCCCUCCCGCUCAGCCAUGGCGCAGCCCGCAAGUGGUUCUACAAGGACCCGCAGGGGGAGAUCCAAGGCCCCUUCACAACACAAGAGAUGGCAGAGUGGUUCCAGGCUGGCUAUUUCUCAAUGUCACUGCUUGUGAAGCGGGGCUGUGAUGAGGGCUUCCAACCCCUGGGGGAGGUGAUCAAGAUGUGGGGUCGCGUGCCCUUUGCCCCAGGGCCCUCACCCCCACCUUUGCUGGGAAACAUGGAUCAGGAGCGGCUGAAGAAGCAACAGGAGCUGGCAGCGGCCGCCUUGUACCAGCAGCUGCAGCACCAGCAGUUUUUUCAGCUGGUCAACAGCCGCCAGCUCCCUCAGUGUGCGCUCCGGGAAAAGGCAGCUCUGGGAGGCCCGCCGCCGCUCUCGGCCUUCCUGCAGCAGCUCCAGGCUCUCAAGGCCCCCAGAGGUGGGGACCAGAACCUGCUCCCAACGAUGAAUCGUUCCUUGUCGGUGCCGGAUUCGGGCUCCCUGUGGGACAUACAUACCUCAGCUUCAUCACAGUCAGGUGGUGAGGCCAGUCUUUGGGACAUACCAGUUAACUCUUCGACUCAGGGUCCAAUUCUAGAACAACUCCAGCUGCAGCAUAAAUUCCAAGAGCGCAGAGAAGUGGAGCUCAGGGCGAAGCGGGAGGAGGAGGAGCGGAAGCGCCGGGAGGAGAAGCGACGGCAGCAGCAGCAAGAGGAGCAGAAGCGGCGACAGGAGGAGGAGGAGCUGUUUCGGCGCAAGCAGGUGCGGCAGCAGGAGCUCCUGCUGAAGCUGUUGCAGCAGCAGGCAGUGGCCACCGUGCCCGUGCCCCCUGCACCCAACUCCCCACCCCCACUCUGGGCUGGCCUGGCCAAGCAGGGCCUCUCCAUGAAGGCGCUGCUCGAGCUGCAGCUGGAGGGCGAACGGCAGCUGCACAAGCAGCCCCUGCCUCGGGAGCCAUCGCGGACUCAGGCCCCCAACCACCGUGUGCAGCUCGGGGGCCUGGGCAGCGCCCCCCUGUCCCAGUGGGUGUCUGAGGCUGGGCCGCUCUGGGGCGGGCCCGACAAGAGUGGGGGCAGCAGUGGCGGCCCGGGGCUCUGGGAGGACACCCUCAAGAGUGGCGGGAGCCUGGCCCGCAGCCUUGGCCUGAAGAACAGCCGGAGCAGCCCCUCGCUCAGUGACUCGUACAGUCACCUCUCGGGGCGGCCUGUGCGCAAGAAGACAGAGGAGGAGGAGAAGCUGCUGAAGCUGCUCCAGGGCAUCCCCCGGCCCCAGGAUGGCUUCACCCAGUGGUGUGAGCAGAUGCUGCACACGCUGAGCACCACGGGCAGCCUGGAUGUGCCCAUGGCCGUAGCGAUCCUCAAAGAGGUGGAGUCCCCCUAUGACGUCCACGACUAUAUCCGUUCCUGCCUGGGGGACACGCUGGAAGCCAAAGAAUUUGCCAAACAAUUCCUGGAGCGGAGGGCCAAGCAGAAAGCCAGCCAGCAGCGGCAGCAGCAGCAGGAGGCCUGGCUGAGCAGCGCCUCCCUGCAGUCAGCCUUUCAGACCAACCACAGCGCCCCGCUGGGCCCCGGGGAGGGCAGCAAAGCCAAGAGGCGCGCCCUGAUGCUGCACGCGGACCCCAGCAUCCUGGGGUACUCCCUGCACGGCUCCUCUGGAGAGAUCGAGAGCGUGGAUGACUACUGAGCAGCCCGUCCCACCGGCCCCCCUGGGCUCCAGGCCAGGGCCAGCGGUAGCAGCUUGGACCCUUGGGUCCUGAGCCUGCAGGCUCCCCACAAGGAGCAUAGGAGGCGGCAGGGGCUGGGUCCCCAGCACUUGUUACAAACCACACGAUGCACCUUAACUCACCCACCACGAGGCACUUUACAGAUUGCGGGGAAGGGUUAUUUUUUCUUUUACAUUUUUUAAUUUUUUUUUUAUUUUGAACAACAUUGAAGAAAACGUUAGAGGAGACAAAAAAUGUUUAAAAACCUACACUCUAAACACCCCUUUGCCCUUUGCCCUCUGGGGUAGUGGGGGGAAACAAUGAAAGGUCCAUAGAGGUUCGAUUUUUUUUUUUUUUUUUUAAGAAAACAGAAGAAAAAUAAUGAAAAAAAGAAAGGUUAGGAGACUGAAAGAAAAAACACACUGUUACUUUGGGGCAGUGGGGACCCAGGCCCCAUGGACCUGUCCUGCCUGGCGCCCAAGGCUGCGCUUACCCUCCCUGCCCCUGGAAGGUGGGCCAGCAGGGUAACUGGAAGCUGGGGUGCCAGCAGUUUGCACAGGGGGCCCCUCAGAGCCCCACCUGCCGGACCCGCUGUGAAUGGCCCCCUCGCCGCUGUGACUGGCGGGGGUGUGCGGGCUGGGGUCCGUGGCCCAUGGCCCCUUGGUGUUGCUGCUGUGGGGUACGUCGCACAAAUCGGAUGAGCCGCCACCACCCUGCAGGCCACUGUCCUGCACCGGCUGCCGGGAGGUGGGCAAGGGCCGGGGCAGUGCCAACCUGGGCUGGCUGGCGGCAGCACCUGGCCACUGGCCCGGCGAGGGGCUUCCCCGCCGCUGCCAUUUGGGGAGGGGGCUGGGUGUGGCGCCGAGGUCCUGGUCCCCUGCCUUGCCACAUGAAUGUAUUCUCUGGGCCCCGAGCCUCUGCCUCGGCGGCCUUGAGCGGGAGCUGGAGGGGUGUCACCUCUUCACCGCCGAGCUGCCCCUCCUGCCACGGGGAGAGAGGGCAGGGAGGGGGCUGCCUGGGCUGCGACCGCCCUACCCGGGGCUCUUCCUGCCCCCCACCCCCCCUUGCAGCUGCUGGGGUGGGGUACGGACCACCCAGCUCUGCGCAAGCCCCCUUCCUCUGACCAAAUGGGGGAGGGGCGUGUGCCCUCCCUGCCCCCCGC